AUGGUCGCAAGUGCUCUCGCGGCUGGGCCAGGCAAGCUGAAGCGGGAGGAGUGGAAGCUCCAGGCUGUGGCCUUUGCGCGCCUGGUGUCGAAGAUGAGUGUCGAGCUGGACAGUACAGGGCAAGCACCUUCAGAGGUGCCCGUGGCCGAAUUGCCCCCACCGAAGCCUGCGUUCGGAGGGGCCGGCAAGGGCCUUGCGCCUGGGCAGCGGGUGCCCAGCCACCGCUACCUCUACUUCAUGCCGCCGGGACAGCCAGGCGAGAAGAGGUUGGCGAUGUAUCCCGCAAUGUGGUUGCGCCAGCUCACUACUUCGAGAUGGGUGCCUGGCACGGAGGGCGGGACAGGGGUUGCGCCAAAGCGCGGUUGGUUCAAGCCCUGUGAGGUACUCCUAAAGUCGGAUCCCUCGAAACCCGGGCUGCCCGUCGCCGACCUCCCCCCCGACGUGGUGAGGAGCCUUGGGGAGGCCUUCAAGACGCUCUUCGCCUGGGGCACUGUCGCUCCCGAGGCUCCAGUGGAGCGCUUGGAAGCGGUCGGGGCGGCGGCCAGGAACCAGGCCGGCUCCGAAGCCCCCGAGCCGCUCUGGCGCGCGGUUUGCAACGCCCACCGCCUGGGCACCCUGAAGCCGGUGCAGAGGCAGAAGCUGAAGCAGCUAGCCUCCCUACCAGUCUUCCCCGCACCACCCGAUCUGCUUGACGGAGCCGAUCGCUUGGCAUUGAGCAGACUUGUCCGGCCAGCCACAGGAGCCAGCCAAGACCAGGCCGAGGAAAUCAAGGCCCUCGUUGAUGCGAAGUGGCUUGUGGACGUCCGUUCCCCGGACUGGCCCUUGCGCGAUGUGGUGGACGAUGUCGCAGCUUUGGUGGACUUUUCGCCGAUGCCAAGCAAGGCCUGCAUGGAGGGCCUUGUGUCAUGGUGCUGCGUUGCGGAGCCGGGGAGCUUGUCCGAGGAGUUGCGAACGGCCUUUAGCCACGCGAUGGCGGCGUUGGUUGAUGAGGCCAGCAAGUCUCCGCUUCCCCCGACAGAGGCCCUGAAGAAGUUGCUCCCCGACCUGAAGCUCUUCUGCAAGGCCUCGGACGAGGGCGUUUUCCUGCGCGAUGGCUGUCCCAGCCCCAGACGGGUCGUGCCAGUCCUCAAUGACGACUCGGCAAAGGCGGCGAUGCUAACGCCCGCGCAGUCCUUGCAGCUUCUGGGUGCCGGGGUCCUGGACCAUCCGCGGAGCCACUUCCCAUCAGCAGCACGCCUGCAGGCCAAAGACGCGCGGGUGAUCGCAGCUUUGGGGGUGCUUCGGCUCAGCGAUCCCGCGGUCUCUCUGCAGACCAGGAUUUCUGGCGAAGCCAAGCUCGUCCCUGGCUCCAGCCAACGGAUCGGAUUGGUGCUGAAGCUGCUCUGGCGAUCUGCAGGCAAGGAGUUUUCAACCAACCAAGUGGAGGUGUCGUUGCGCAAGUGUGACGCCAUUGGACGCGAGCUGUCCCUGCACAGUGGUGACAAGGCUUCGCGCAUGGAAGCUUUCGCUAUUUGGGGCGAGGCAGACCCAGAGGACCAGUCGCGUUACGACCUGCUGGUGGCCGGCGAUCCUGAUGAUUACGUUGCGGAGGUCGAGGAGCUUUUCGAGUCCCGGUUUGAGAUGGUUUUCCGAGCAUGCGAGACACGCCCUGCCAAGGUCUUGCGCCUCUUACGGCACCUGGAAAGCGAGAGGGACUUCAACAAGUUUCUGGCACGAGACUUCGCCGGCGUGCUUGAGCAAGAGGAGCUGGAGAGGAGAAAGUCUGAGGCCAAAGCCAAGGUCGCCGAGCAGCAGGCGGCUCGAGCGGCUGACACCGCUCGCGCCGAGGCCGCGGCGCGCCAGGCGGCCGCGGCGGACGCCGAAGCCGCAAAGCGGGCAAAGGCGGAGGCCUCCCGAAAGGCCGAGGCCGAGGAGGCGGCGGCGAAAGCUGCGGAGCAGGCGCGCCAGGCCGAGCUAGCGGAGUUCCUGGAGGCGGCCAAAGCAGCGAAGGCACGCCGUGAGGCCAAAGCGGCCGAGGCCAAGGCGGGCACCGAAACCAAGGCUCCCACCUUCGUCCCAGCCACGCUGCCCACGGGACCCUCCACCACAGCGGCACCCACAGCAUGCCCUGUGCCGGGCGCGCCGGCAACAGCGGCUUCGGAAGUAGCAGCUGCGGCGCCGGUCAAGCCUAAGGGAAUGGUCGUGGCCGCACGAUUCCCGGCGAAGCCAGUGGCAACCUCAACAAUGACAUCCAUCGACUAG